AUGGAUAGACACUGUGAAGCAUUCCAGGAUCUAGGAGGAGCUCUCCAUCCUAAUGAUCUUGGACAUGAUCUCAUUGACAGAACGCAUCAAAAUGCUCAGAGAAUUGCAUUUUGUGCUGAUUCUUUUAAUUAUCCACAAAUUGUCUGUGAUGUUUAUUUUCCACCACACAAAGAAUGUGGUGGAGGAAUUCUAGCUUUAGAUGGAAACAGUGGUCAUGAACUUUGGAGAUAUUACACUUUACAUGAAAUAUUUGCCAUUAAUUGUAAUAUUGAUAUUGAUAAAGAUGGAGUUAAGGAUUGCUUAGGAGGAGGAAGAAUGGCUGGAUUUAUUGCAUUGAGUGGUAGAGAUGGUAGUUUACUUUGGAAAUUUAAUGAUCCGAAAGUGAAAAUUCCAACAUCUAAUUUUUAUACUCCUAUUUAUAUAAGAGAUUUAGAUCAUGAUACAAUUCCAGAUAUUAUUACUAUUCAUGGAGGAGAUCCGCUAAAAGAACCAGGCAGUGAAAAACGCUUGGUUGGAAGAAUACUAGUUAUAAGUAGUAAAACUGGUAAAGUAUUGCAAUGGGUUGAAGUUCCUGAUGGUAAAGAAAGUUAUUAUUCACCUCAAAUAUAUACUCAACCAGAUGGAGUAAGACUAACGGAAUUNGGCACUGGAGGAGAAACUCAUGGUGGCUCUUUGUGGUGUAUUAAAGUUGAAGAUUUAUUAAAAGGAAAUAUUAGUAUGGCUAAACAAAUUUACACUGAUCAUAAAAAGGGUAUUAUGACACCUCCUGUUUUAGUUGAUAUAACUGGUGAUGGAAUAAUUGAUAUUGUUAUGGCUAUGUUCAAUUCGAAAGUUAUAGCAUUUAAUGGAAUUGAUUUCAAGCAAAUCUGGUCAUUUCAUAUUCCUUCUUCAGAGUCUUACAGUACUCCAGGUGUUGGAUUUUUCAAUAAUGAUGAUAUUCCUGAUUUUAUUAUAAACUAUCAAAUUGGUCCAGGAUUUCCCAUUUAUUAUUAUACUGAAACAACAAUUUUGGAUGGAAGAAAUGGAAAACCUUUAUUAGAUAAUCCUAUUAAAAUGGUUGUUGGAACCCAAACAUCUCCUCUUGUUAUCAGUUUAGAAGGUUUUGGAAAUGAUAUAUUUCUAUAUUGGAUAUCUGACUGUAAUGGAAACAGAAAAAAUCAGAAUUUAGAAUAUGAUUUUAUUAAAGGGACAAGUGUUCAUGAACAGUCCAGAGCAGAUUUCUGUAAAAUACGUUUCAAAGAAAAAUUAUUUACAAAAAUGUUUGGAUUAACAAGCAAGAUGAGUCCACCUGGAGUUAAUAUUUAUGAUUCAGAUUAUAGAAAGGCUAUAGAAUUUGGUAAUCAGCUAAAUUACACAGCAAUAGGUUUAUCAUUUAAACGGAAACAGCUGAAUCAUUAUCGUAAUCAUCAUAUGUAUAACAGUAACUCAAGAUAUAAGCAAACCAAUGAUGCUAAAUAUCAGUCAUAUGAACUUAAUCACCAUCCUGACUAUUAUCAACAUCGUUUACCAAAUGAUGAAUAUUUUAAAGACUCAAGAUAUCCAUUAAAUGGUUAUGCAGAAGAAUCUGUAGAUAAUGAUGAUUUAGAAAAUAUAAACCAAAGAAUAUUUAGUCCAGAAGAUGAACAGAUAUAUAAUCAAAACCCAAGUGCAUAUUAUCCAAAAAAGUAUAAUGAUUAUGAUAAGAAUGGACCAAUAGAUGAUUAUAGGUAUGAAGAAGAAAACAAGGAACCUGAUAAUGAAAAUAUGAAAAAUUAUUAUAGCAAAGAUGUAUCAAGCAAAUCUGAAAAUAAUUGGAAAGGAUGGUAUAAUGAGGAACAUCCAAAAAUAUACCAUAGAGGACAAAACAGUAGACACAAUUAUUGGAAGGGUAGACGACCGUAUCGUAAAACAGAGGAAAACAUCAAAGAAAAUUACAAAAAUAAUUCACCAGAAACAAAGCAAAGGACCAAAAAUGAAAAAGUAUGGAAACGAUAUAAAAAACAUGUGGGCCCUCAUGAUGCUGGAGGCAUUCAGAGAACAAUUUCCACAGGUGCACUGUUUCCCAUAAGAAAAGGAAUGCAAAGUGAAAACAGCAUUGACAUUGUUUUUGCCACUUUCUGGUUUUAUCCUGCUCAUACACAAGCUCUUCUUCCAGAUGAUAUUGAAUGUAUUAAAAACCGUUUAGCUCAAGAAAAAGAACGAUUUCAUCAUCAAAGUGAUUAUUAUGGGAUGGACCAUGAUGAAUAUGAAGCUGCAAUCAGAACCGAAUGUCUUCGAAAAAAUAAUCACUACGUGGAUGCAAAUAAAUCAGUUUACGAUAACUUUGAAGAUUACGAUCCCUUCGACCGUCGCAUGGGUCAAAUGACCGUUUACAGACUACGAAUCUCUUGCCAUUGCCUAAAACAAAAUUUAACCUCAGAUGCAAAAUGUGCAAAAAUUCUUCCAUAUGCACAACAAGGUUGGACAGCUUACAUGGGAAUGCAUGGUAAUUGUCUGUUUAACCCACAUCAGUUUACAUAAAAUUUGAAAAAGAAUCAUAUGUAUAGAAUACCAUAAAUGUUGCCUUCAAGUACGGAUGAUGAUUUAUUUUAAAAUAAAAAUGAUGCAAGAAUAUUGAUUUGUACAAAACAAUUAAUUUGACUUUUAUCUUGGAACAGAAAAAUAUUUGUAGUAAAAUGAAAUCAUAAUUUAAUUUUAAAAUUCAUCAUUUUAAAGUGAAAUUCAAAGCAUAGAAUGUCAAAAGGAUAAUUAUGAUAAACAAACAGAUCUUCCAACAAUUUAAGAAUUGAAGAAUUAGCUAAAAGAAAAAUUUGCUAAAUAUUUUUUGAAAAAAUUCAUAGACAAAUUAUAUAAAUUUUCUAGAAUAGUAAAUAUUCUCGAUGAAAUUCACUUAGCAGAUAAAAAACACGAGUGGCUUAUUCUGUAAUAUACAAAAAUUUAAUAAGACAACCAUUUAAAUAUUAGCAAUUUAAUAAUUUAAACUUUGGUCAAAAGUAAUAAAAAUCUGUUAACAUAUCAAGUGGAAAAAAUUAAUUA